AUGGCUGAAGUAUCAGAUGAGACCAUCCAGCAGUUUAUGGCAUUGACCAACGUUUCGCAUAACAUAGCCGUGCAAUAUCUCUCAGAAUUUGGAGAUUUGAACGAAGCACUGAAUUCUUAUUACGUUUCCCAGGCAGAUGAUCAAAAGGAUAAAAGAGAGGAAGCACAUUGGAAGAGUAAGCAAGAAAAAGAGUCCAAAAAGGAGGCUUUAUCCUCCGUCAACUCUUUUAAAAAAGCGAUGGAUACGGAGGAUGUAGGUGGGUCAGGUUCCAGGCUGGGGUCUUCUCGAGGUAGUAAUGACCAUUUGAAGACGAAAAGUUCCGCUUCUCCUGAGCCAGUCAAGAACAAUAGCCGCUCUGGAAGUGGCAACAACUCAAGAUUUAUGAGCUUCUCGGACAUGGUAAGAGGUCAGGCUGAUGAUGACGAUGAAGAUCAACCAAGAAACACUUUUGCUGGUGGCGAAACAUCAGGCUUAGAAGUCACUGAUCCUUCGGAUCCAAAUUCACUGCUGAAGGAUUUGUUGGAAAAGGCCAGAAGAGGUGGCCAAGUGGACUCGGAGAACGAAUCCCGUGGUGAGGAUGAACGUGAAGAUGACGCCAACCGGUUCGUUGGAAGAGGUUUUAGAUUGGGGUCAACUGUUGAUGCAGAUGAUCAGGUGGUGGAGGACAGUGCCUCACAACCAGAACGUAGGAAACCUCAAAAGGUCACAAGGGAAAUCACAUUUUGGAAAGAAGGUUUUCAAGUGGCCGAUGGCCCGCUAUAUCGUUAUGACGAUCCGGCCAACAGUUUUUAUUUGAGCGAGUUAAACCAGGGAAGAGCUCCAUUAAAGCUACUGAAUGUGGAAUUUGGGCAAGAGGUAGAAGUCAAUGUGUACAAAAAAUUGGAUGAACCCUACAAAGCUCCUAAGAGAAAAAUGGGUGGCUUUUCAGGCCAAGGUCAAAGACUGGGGUCUCCUAUCCCAGGAGAAUCCUUAUCACCGGUGGAAGAGCCGAGGGUUGAAACUCCCGUUGUCCAGGAAGGGGCUAAACCAAAAGAUGAGGUUAAAAGGGGGGACACUUCCAUUCAAAUUAGAUAUGCAAAUGGUAAAAGAGAGGUUUUGCGUUGCGAUUCCACGGAUACAGUGGAGUUUUUAUAUGAUCACGUCACAUCAAAUGCCAACACCGACGCAUCAAGAAAUUUCACCUUGAAUCAUGCAUUCCCUAUAAAACCAAUAAAUAACGAUGAAACAACCUUAAAAGACGCCGACCUACUGAACACUGUGGUCGUGCAAAGGUGGACGUGA